GAGCAGUGUCGGGGGCGGAGCUCUGUGAUGGCCGCAGAGGUGCUGGGAGAGGGGAGAGUGUGAGAGGACGGCAGCGGGGCUGAAGACCAGGACGGCCGGGUUAGGGGAGGCCGCGGACGGGACAUCUUCCCGGCCUGACCUGUAACCUGACAUGGCCACAGCCUCACCAGGGCCGGCUAAUAGAAGUAGUCAUGAAGGUUUACAGCUGCACGUGACAGUGUCUUGUGCCAAACUGAAAAGGAAGAAGAAUUGGUUUGGAACCGUCUACACAGAAUUAGCUGCUGAUGGAGAAACAAAGAAGACCACAAAAGCGAGCAGUUCCAGCAAUCCGAGAUGGGAGGAGCAGCUGACUGUGAAGGUAACCCCUCAAACUACACUUGAAUUUAAAGUAUGGAGUCACCACACUUUGAAGGCUGAUGCUUUGCUUGGCAAAACCGUUGUCGACCUGAGGCAAGCGCUGGAGACACAUAAUAGAAAAUUGGAGAGAGUAAAAGAGCAAUUGAAGCUGUCACUGGAUGGCAAGCAUGGCACAGUCCAAACUGGCGAGCUGACGGUCAUUUUAGAUGGGUUAAGCGUUGAACCAGAGUCCCUUGCAACUUGUAAUUCCACAACUCCAGCACCCAUAGAAAUCCAGCAAAAUGGCGAUGCAAUCCGUGAAAAUGGAGGAGAGUGUUCGUCAGACAUCACAGCAGGAUCUGCUAGUGACGUUCCCAAUGGGACAGCUAAUGAAACAACAUCCAGUUACGCCGAGCAGAAUGCCCUUAAUGCACAAAUAGCAAAUGGAGAUGGCAUUCGCUCCCCUUCUCAUGUUGCAGCCAUACCCAAAAAUACACCAGCACUUACUGCAUCGUCUGGCACUAGAACCGUUAAUGGCACAGCUACUGCAUCAGAAGCCGAUAGCACGUCUUGCCAUGAAUCUGCUGCGGCUCCUGCAGGAUCCCACAUAUCAGAUUGCACAGAGUCUACGACGAACGCGUCAGACGUAGCAGAAAGUAGCACUUCUGAAUGUGGCACACCGGCUGCUAGCGCUGCUCCUGAACCUGUAAGGGCUACGGACUCCAUGUCAUCCCCUGCUGCUGGCAGCUCGAGCCCUGAAGCUGGGAAACCCAGGCAAUCGUCAGUUGCUGCCUCUGUGGAUCCGGUGAGACAGCAGCCUGGCACCACUGCGGAGCCUCUGCCACCUGGAUGGGAGCAGAGAAAGGAUCCUCAUGGUCGAACCUACUACGUUGAUCACAACACAAGGACUACGACAUGGGAGCGACCGCAACCUUUACCUCCUGGAUGGGAAAGAAGAGUGGACGACCGUGGCAGGGUGUACUAUGUUGACCAUAACACUAGAACUACAACAUGGCAGAGGCCUACAAUGGAGUCUGUCCGCAAUUUUGAGCAGUGGCAGUCGCAACGCAAUCAACUCCAGGGAGCUAUGCAGCAGUUCAACCAGCGAUACCUCUAUUCGGCUUCAAUGUUGUCAGCAGAAAACGAUCCCUUGGGACCUUUACCACCAGGCUGGGAAAGAAGAGUGGACUCUACGGAUAGAGUGUAUUUUGUGAAUCACAAUACAAAAACUACCCAGUGGGAAGACCCUCGAACUCAAGGUUUACAAAAUGAGGACCCUUUGCCCGAGGGCUGGGAAAUUCGGUACACAAGAGAAGGGGUAAAGUACUUUGUAGAUCACAACACAAAGACCACUACUUUCAAUGACCCCCGGACUGGAAAGUCAUCCGUGACAAAGGGGCCGCAGAUUGCUUAUGAGCGCAGUUUUCGGUGGAAGCUUGCCCAUUUUCGUUAUUUGUGUCAGUCAAACGCCUUGCCGAGCCACGUGAAGAUAACCGUUUCCAGACAGACGCUAUUUGAAGACUCCUUUCAACAGAUAAUGGCGCUGAAGCCUUACGACUUGAGAAGACGAUUAUACGUUAUGUUCAGGGGUGAAGAAGGUCUAGAUUAUGGAGGUCUGGCAAGAGAGUGGUUUUUCCUCCUCUCCCAUGAAGUGCUCAAUCCGAUGUACUGCUUGUUUGAAUAUGCCGGUAAAAGCAAUUACUGUCUGCAGAUCAACCCGGCCUCCACCAUCAAUCCCGACCACCUGUCAUACUUCUGCUUUAUUGGACGUUUCAUUGCUAUGGCUUUGUUCCACGGCAAGUUCAUCGAUACAGGAUUCUCUCUUCCAUUCUACAAACGGAUGUUGAGCAAAAAGCUGACCAUCAAAGACCUGGAGUCCAUUGAUCCUGAGUUCUAUAACUCUCUCAUAUGGAUCAGAGACAAUAACAUAGAAGAAUGUAACCUGGAGAUGUACUUUUCUGUGGAUAUGGAGAUAUUAGGAAAAGUCACGUCCCAUGACCUGAAGCCUGGGGGAUCUAAUAUCCUUGUUACAGAGGAGAACAAGGAAGAAUACAUUGGUCUGAUGGCUGAAUGGAGAUUUUCGCGAGGCGUCGAAGAACAAACCAAAGCAUUUCUCGAUGGCUUUAAUGCCGUUGUCCCACUACAGUGGCUGCAGUAUUUUGAUGAAAAGGAGUUAGAGGUAAUGCUGUGCGGCAUGCAAGAAGUGGAUCUAUCAGACUGGCAGCGGAACACAGUCUAUCGCCAUUACACAAGAAACAGCAAGCAGAUCAUCUGGUUCUGGCAGUUUGUGAAGGAGAUGGACAAUGAGGUCCGCUUGCGGUUGCUGCAGUUUGUCACAGGCACCUGUAGGUUACCACUAGGUGGAUUUGCGGAGUUGAUGGGAAGCAACGGUCCUCAGAAAUACUGCAUUGAAAAAGUCGGGAAGGAAACAUGGCUGCCAAGAAGUCAUACAUGCUUCAAUCGCCUGGAUUUACCACCGUAUAAAAGCUACGAACAGUUAAAAGAGAAGCUGCUUUUUGCCAUUGAAGAAACGGAGGGCUUUGGCCAGGAAUGAGCAGCAGCAGGACGGAGCAAGGAGAGGUUAUGGACAUCUAUUUUCUGCCCAGCCAAGUAAAAUUGCACACUCUUAACUUGUACAUAAGCUGUGUAGUCUGUACAGUGACCUUUCUGAUACUAAUGCGUAGAGAUUUCUGUUCUUCCACAUAGAUAUGCAAAACACUUUAGCCUUUUCUAUUUUUAUUUAUUUUGAUUUCUCCAAAAAAUGACUGAAUAGAAGAAAAAAAUAACGUUUAAUUUUAAAUGCUGACUGAAGACUUUAUUUUAAAAUUUCUAUAUCUAUGUGUACGUACCGAGGGCUCUAGUUUUAUAGAGUUCGAGGUCCAUAAGACAUCACAGCCAUUUGAUGAGGCCUGGACUUGCUUUAUUCAGUACAAUAAAACCUGCAAACAGCGGCUGACAUCUUUUCCACGGGUGUCUAUUGCAUGGCUGCCAACUAAGCUGUUGAAAGCUAAUGCCAAAAAUAUUAGGAAAGAAAAAACUUUAAAACAAGAACUCUUGAGUACAAGGAAAAAACAAACCUGCUGCUGGCUUUCUAAGAUGGCAGGACACGCACAGUUCUGCCUUUCAUUUAUUUCAGUGUGGUAGCCAAUAUCUUAUUAUUUUUUUUUUUUUUUGACGGAGCAAAAGUAGCCAAGGCCGAGAGUGGAGCCGCGCAUAAUUAGUCUCAUCACGAAUCUUAACAUUUAUUACGAGGGGUGGGGGGGCGGUCACAGUUUCGUUGCUCCGCAAUGUGUUGUGAUUCGCACCCUUACGGAUAAGCAAGAGAACAAGUGGCGAGCAGUGCCACGGCAAGAUUUUUAGGUACAAGACAAAAAUAUUAAAAAAAAAACUGCAAAAAUGUCUUGGAUGAAUAUCGAAAGUACAAUGCAAAUCUUGAAAAAGAAGUUGAAUAAAUUUUUUUAACCUCG